CGCAGGGUGGAAGUGAAGUGGACGGUACAGUAGUCUUCAAGCAAGCCAGACAGAGUAGUCGGUUACUAGCUUUUUGUAAAGCCUACAGGCUUCAGUAGAUAUCCGACACAAGGCGGAAAUUUCUCUCUAAAGUGAACCUGGAUUUUUUUACUUGUCACAAAGUGGCUGUCAACUUGCAAACCUAGCUGGUUAGCUGGAUGGCUAGUGAUAAUGAAGUGUUAUGCAUUGUCGGACAAUCAGCUAGUGUUACUCCGGCUAAUGCUCCUUUAGCCAUCUUGCUGUCACUGACAUCACUCCGUGCGCUGACGACAUGCGGUGUAUGCAUAACUUUUUAUCUGUUCGGCAUUUAAUUACUCCAAAAUUUCCAUUAUGGACAGCGAACGCAGCAAUUGCAGGCCCCAGAUUGGAGACAAUAGCAAGCUAACCUAGCUAGCAAGCUGUCGUGGCUGCUAAGCUUGCUAAAAGCUGUCUUGCCUGGUGCGUGUCUGGAGCGGCACUGAAAACGUCGAGGUGACACCUGUUACCCACUUCAGGUGCCUGCACCAUGGAUCAGGUGGAUGUGACAGACCAAAUCACAGCAGCUUGUAGCCGACCCUUGUUCCCCAAAAAAGACUCGGCACCCCCACAGCCAAACGCAGACAUCAUGUCUUCACAAUCCAAAUGGGUGAGCAACAGCACUGAGGACACUGACCUGAUCAUAACUGAAGACGGGCUCAGUAAUGGCACAUGUGAAGUUGAGACUAUGGUAGCGUUACACUGUCCUGGCUACAGUGGGGAUGUAGCUGCUGACCACCUUGCACUGAGCAACGAUGGCAUGUCAGAGUUUUCUAACAGUGACCUCUCUCUGCCUGAGGUCUGCAUUUCCACCAACAGCAACAGCUUCGAGGAGGAUAUGAACUAUGAGGUCCAGCAAGCGUAUAGGAUAUUCACUGGCUUUCUCUUGGACAAGCACAAAGGGAUCACCAGCCCAUUCCUCCACCCCAUUGGCCACCAGGAAGCCCAGCAUGGUAUUGGAGGGGUCCGGGGCCGGGGUCAGGCACAGCUCAGGCAGUCGAUGUGCUUGCGGAGGAUGGAGGAGAAGUUUAUCAACCAAGAGUAUGAGACCAUAACAGAGUUUGUUGCAGACUUCAGGCUAAUGUUGGAGAACUGUUAUCGCUACCAUGGAGUGGACCACUGGAUCUCCAAACAGGCUCAAAAGCUGGAAAUCAUGUUGGAGCAGAAGCUUACGUUGCUAUCCAGGACACUGAGAGAGAAGACGACCUUAGCAGUGACUUCUAAAGGGCGUUUUGGUGCUGAGGAGGAGCGGAGUUCAGGGGGCACCUCCACCAGGAGGAGGCUGGCACCUCGUAGCUUGGCAACUAUCACUGUUGGUGGGCAUGAGUCUAUUAUGGUCCAGGCCCUACGUCUGGAAGAACAACAGAGAGUCAAGGAGGAGAGGAGGCAACGUGAGCUUGAGAAGAAAGAGGCAGAAGAAAUGUCAGCCAAAGAGGUAGAAGAGUGGGAGCAGACGUUGCUGUCACAGGCUUCCCCCCACACUGUGGACACACUUUGGGAACUCCCUGCCAUAGGACACUUCCUCUGUCUAGCUCAGACUGCCCUUAACCUCCCAGAGAUUGUAUUUUUUGAUCUGGAGCGUUGUUUGCUGAUGCCCCGCUGCAGCCUCCUUCUGUCCAAAAUCAUGUCUUCCCUACUGUCCCCACCCCAGCGGAGGGCCACUCUGCACCGCCGGCCUGCCCUGCCUUACCGCCGCUGGGAGUCAGAACUCAGGCAGCGGGUCAUGAGCUGGUAUCGAGCUGUUGGUGCCUCCCAUGACCAGCUGGGUCGGGCUGAGCAGCUGGGACUCUGCAACCAGUUUUUCAGCAUUCUCGGGGAGGUGAGUCCUUUGGAGGAGAAACCCUUUCACUUGCUGCCCUUCUACCAGCGAGUAUGGCUUCUGAAGGGGCUGUGUGAUCAUGUGUAUGAGACGCAGAAAUAUGUGCAGGAUGCUCUCCUUGCCCAGCCCAUCCAUGAAUGUAGGGAGUCUAUUUUGGGCUAUGACAGCAAGGAGAAUGCCUAUAUACAUUUCCCACAUUUCUGUGGGGCAGACUUGAGGAUCUACUGCCAGAGCCCCAGCUCACCCCCAGUUUUCCCUUUCCCUUCUGUAUGGGUCAAAAGGGUUGAUAGAGAGCCAGUGACAGACGGUGAAGAGUCGGAUGGAAUGAAGGAGGAGGGGAUUGCAAGUGACAGGGGGUGUUAUGGAGGCUCAAUGGACACAGGCGAGUGUGCUGAUUUUGGAAAGGGGAGAGCAGAGACACUUGGGGUUUUCAAAGGGGAAAAUGGGGAUGGAGAGGAGGAUAACAAAAGGUUUAAAUCAUGGUCACUGAAGAACGAGGAUGGGUCCGACUCAGGCUGCUCUGAUGAAGACUCCUGUGAAGACCCUAAAUUGGACUUAAUAAUACACACACACUCAUUAUCCCUUUCACACACUAGUCCUGUAGGAAGGGGUGUGGAAAUUAAUUUGAAGGAAAAAACUGCAGAGUUCGAGCAUCAAUCCAAGAGACUCACAUUGAAACAAGAGCAUGGCUUCCCAUUGGGCUCAAUGCGCACCAUUAAAGCAGAGACACAGGAGCCCUGUCUGAGUGUAGGGGAGCACAGCUACACGGGCAGAUCACCUGCUCGCUUAGUAAAUCUGGCCUCUCCAACCAAACCAAUCAAAAUGGAGGGAGAAAGUCCCAGCCAGGGACACCAAAGGUCUUCCUGUCUGGGUUGUUGUGAAAGCAAAACUAGUAAUGUAACAUCUGAGGAGCGCGACUGCUUCUGUGGAUCGUCGGGGCUAGCAGCACAGUUGUCUUCUGAGAGUUCUCAAAACUCAAGUGACGAGAGGGUGAAUGACAAAAUCUGGACUAAAAAAAAAAAGCAGAAGAAAAAGCGAGGGAGGGAACAGCUGCCGAGGGUGAAAGGAGAGCACAAGCAGCUGCAGCACGUGGACAGGAUGAGGCUGUCCUCAGCUGAGACUGCCAAGUCUGCAGUGCGGAGGGUUGCCACAACGAUUAAAAGGAAAGACAAGAAGAAAAAACAUAAAGCAGGAAAAAAGCUUGAAUCUUCAAAGAAAAUUAAAGAUGAACCUGCAGUUGAGCCAUCAUUUAAGUUGGUGUGCACCAGUCUUGAGGAGUUGCGAGAGCUGAUCAGUAAGACAGAAGAUGAGCUUGAUGACCUGGAGAGCACUAAAAAGAGAUUGGGUCGGUGGUAUUAUAGGAGAGAAGCAGUGAAAGACCUCCACAGCACUCUGAUCAGACUACUGAAUGAACUUUCACCCUGGGAACCCAAACUUGUCAAGGCCUACCAAAGGAACAGGCUUCGUUUGAAGAAGGAAUUUGAUGAUUUCAAGAAGCACCCAGAAUACAAUAACUUUGUCCGUGAAGAGUGUAUUUCCUCAUCAUCAUCAGACGAUGAUGACGAUGAUGAUGAAGACAGGGGUAUGGAGAAGGAGAUGUGUUCACUUUCGGAUCAUUAUAGGAGAUCAGAAGAGGAGGACCUGGAACAUAUGGUUCCCAGAGGUCUUUGGAGUGGAGCAAGCACCAGGGAGUUUCUGGCUGAGUCUGCUGGAGAAAGAACAAUGACCUACGUACCUUCCAACCACCUAAAACACCCUCUGGCCAGCCCAGAGAAACACAUUAGUUUCCUGCCAAGAGGUCAGACUGGUGGCAGUAACAUUACUUCUUCUCCUGACUCUGAGCCACAGUCUACAUCUGAACUGAGACCAUCAAAUCAAUCCAGGGAUUCAAACUCACCACGGGCAGCAAGGGUACCAGCUCAGGCUUCACUGUCACCCAGAACCCCCAUCCUCCAUCCCACCACUGGACUACCUAAGGGCUACACGCCCAUCCCCACCCUGCUGGCUAAGAGUGUGGGAAACAAAGUGACCUUAAUGAAACGGCCUGCUGAUUUUCCAGGGAUCAACAACAUAGAUAGACAGAGCAAAGGGGUCUCCCUGCCUACCUCUGCAGUGACUAACACAAAACUUUCAAAAGCACAAAGUUCUCCAUCCAGUUUCCAGCAGAACCCGCAUGAAAUGCAGGCACAAGGACUACAACAGACGGAAGUACUAAGACAGCCAAGAAUGGCUACAGUGACGGCAGCUCUUCCUAAAUCACUACAGGCCAAACCAACACAGACUGUACCAAAAAAUCCUGUCCAAGUGGUGUACAAAGUACCUGAGGGACUGGGUCACCUAGUAAGGAGAGACAGCAGCCCAGUCAAGAUAUCUGUUCAUCCUGUUGUGGACCAGAACACCGGGGAGAAGAUCAUGCAGCAAUUGGUAAUUCUGCCUUCUAAUCUUCUUAUUCAGAAAACUGAAGAAAAGGUGUCCUCUUUCCAACAACAACAGUCUACGGGCAUUCAGGUCCCAGUUUCUAAAGCAGCCAGCCCCUUACGUAUGUCCACCAAUGUGCCUGGGUUCACAAUCCCUGAAAACAGAAUCCCUGUUCAGCAAGUGGCUCCCCUAAAAGAUGCCAGGACAGUGAGGACCCCUUCUCCUUCUGUUUCCCCUCGUCUGCAGCAGGGGGCCCUGAACACAGCAGGGUUUAAGGGGGCACAAGUCUGCAGUCCCCAAGCUAGCACACCACAAGUUGUCACGCCAAUGUCCUCACUCGUCACAACUUCUUCUAGUGCAGUUUCUACUGAGCCUACUAAAUCUACAGACCCUAAACAGGAGCUUAAGACUGUGUGUAUCCGUGACUCACAGUCCAUCCUGGUAACAACCAGAGGAGGCAACACAGGCAUCGUCAAAGUCCAGACAUCCUCAGACCAGAAUGCGCUUGGCUCUUUGCCCACCAGUCCAGUCAUCACCAUCUCACCUCAGUUUAAAGCCUUCCUUGUGUCCAAGACAUCACAGACUUUCUCUCCUUCUGCUCCCUCUCAAACUUCUCCUUGCACCAUUUCAGCAGGGACAAGUGUCUCAGUGGCCCAACCUCAAAAGCAGGUUCCUUCAGUAUUAAAGUCCCCUUCCGCGGUCACAACUCCUAUGCUCACUGCAGUCACUGGUAGCAUUCCUGUAACAGGCCCAGGAAUCCAGACUACAGGCACUUCUGUUGCUACAAGUCAAGGUUCCAACACCUCAGCUUGUUCUACGGUUGCAACAAAGUUUGGCCAGCUAAUGCAGACACCUGCUGCUGGUUCUCACUUACAAGCUUCAUUAAUAAAAAACACUGUUGUUGUCCCAUCACUGAGUAGUUCUGGCGUUCCCCAAGUUCUCACACAAGCAGAGUUCAUCAGCAAGACUGGUGUGAAACGGGCCAGUACAGAGGAGAGAUCCCAAGUUACUAAAUUCAUCCUGGUCACUCCCUCUUCUUCCUCCACCUCAAAUGUAGCAUUAUCAAAAGGUACACCCUCUUACACAAAAUCACUUCCUAGUUCAAGAGUCAUGUUCAUCAGCCAGCCCACAUCAACAUCAUCCACCACCUCCAUGGGAAGCAUCCCAAAGCAGGCGGUAGCAACAGGGGCGACUGGACAGCUGCUGACCACUUCAUUAACAAGUCAAACUCUAAAGAUGGGAUUAAGUCCAGGCCAAUCUGUUGUCAACUCAGACACCUUGUCCAAGGUCAAGAACAUCACUCUGCCCUCAGGGGUUCAAAUCCAGUUGUCGGGAAAGACAACAACCAUUGGACAGACCAUCGGGGCCCUGUCACGUUCUCCUUCCAAGAGCACACCAGUGUCUGUGUCAGAUGCUGGCCGUCCGCCAGUCACCACCACUGGACUUGUCCCGGUUACAAGUUCAAAUAUCAUCACAAGCUGUCCUACCCAGCUGGCCUCUCACGCUUCUCUGACCACCAGCUGUCAGCUCCAGGGUAUCCCUUCCUUCUCCAUGAUCUCCCAACCAGGCUCUUCCACAGCCACAUCUACCGCUGCCACUCUGUCGGCAGGACCAUUGAUUAAGAAGGACCUUGGUAUGCAUGCAAGUAUACUGUCAAGCAACUCUCCUGCUCAGGUAACCCCAACUGUGCAGAGUAGCCCAGCCCAAACCUCCACACCCACCCUCAUCCGUCAGCCUUCAAAUAUCCAAAGUGGCAUUGGUGAGGAAACCACUUGCUUCUUAUCUUCCUCUCAGCUUGCUCUCAAGAAAACCCAAACACCUAUCUCCUCUGCAACAACCACCAGUACCCCAUUCACCACCUCUGCUACUGGCACAAUCCAGCAGAGGAUAGUCAUCAACACCUCUACGCCUCUUGCUGCUGGCACACAAAUCCUCCUUAAUAAUGCACGUUUUGUAGUCCCUCCCCAGGGUUUAGGUCCAGGUAGCCACGUCCUUAUCAUCUCUAGCCCUGCACCACAACAAGUGCCUACUGUCAGUGCUCCCAGCACUGGAGCAUCAGUACCUCCCCAAGGGGCAAGUCAGGCCACUGUAACCCCUAGAGCACCAGUUUUACCCCAGUCCCCAGCCAGGCUGCCUGGUGUGCCAGCCGUAAGUUCUCCUUUUGUAGCAUGCACACCUGCUGUUGGUCCAUCAUUGCUAGCAACCACUCCAAAUGUCACGCCAGUCCGUCUAACGGGAACACCUGGCAUGGGUUCAACAUGGUUACCCAGUAAAACAAAUGUAGUGUCUGCUCUGCCUAGGUUGCCAGAUGCUCAGGCUGGUAACUUCGCAUCUCCACCUGUAGGUACACCCACUCUGGUCUCAUCCCCUCCAAGGUUAGGCAGUGUACCAGCCGUAGUUUCCCCAGUGGUAACCAGUGCUCCUGCUCUUGGCUCAGCACUGACAACAAUCAGGUUAGCUGGUGGUACACACACACGAGCUGAAUGUUCAUCCACCUUCCCGCCUGCAGUAGCACCCCCCUUGUCCAGAUUAUCAGCACCUGUAUCAUCCUUGUCUGUUUUACCCAGCCCAUCAGCUGUUGCCUUGCCCAGCCCAGUCAUACCAGUUCCUGCACCCCUCUCCUCAGCUGCAGCUCCGGUGGUAGCAGGCACACCAGCUUUGCAUUCUUCUCUUCCUGCCCAGCAGAUGGUUUCAGUGACAACCCCAGGCCCAAGCAUACAGCCCCAGCAGACAGCAGUUGGAAUUGCAGCACCCUCCACUGUUCCAUCACAGGCUUUAGUGCACACGGGACUAGGUAACACAUCAGUCAGAAAAACGGUGCCUGCAGUCAUGCAAUCAGUGCUUGCUGGCACACGGACACAGGUACUGCCGACAGUGGCUGUCCCACCAAUUGUAAGUGGAGUGUCUAGGAUGCAGACGCUGCCCGUUGCUACAGUCCCACCAAUCGGAAGCACUGUCAACACCUUUGAAACAGCACCUGUGGUUGCAGCACCUUCUUCAAGCAGCACUGUAAUAAUCACUCCAGCUCAACCAAUCACAUCACUGAAGACAAACAGCACCAUCCACCCACCUGUCGUUCUAACCAAUCAAGCACUUGGAAAGCACUCUCUGCAGACCUCAUCCUUAGGUAUGCACACCAAUGUAGCAUCCAAGCUACUCAUUAGUCCUGAUGGUGCUGUUUUGAACACAGUUCAGUGCCAGGUCAAUCCAGUUGAGCUGACUGCCUGCCCUAAACCACUGGAUGCACUGGUGGUUUCCCCCAACAGUUCCACUGGAGCACUACACACACAUGAUUCCUCUUUACAGCCUUCACAGGCGGACAGAAAAUGAACCAAGUAACUGGGACUGUGCCAGCAAUGUGAGGACUAAGACGCCACUUUUCAGCUGAGUAGUUUCACCUGGGCUCAUAUCCAUUGCUUGUAGUAAUCCUGGGGUUAGUUAAAGAACUGCUUUGCAGCUGUAGUUGACUCAUAACUUACAUUUAGGACACAGUAGGUUAUACCAUCUGGUUAGAUAAUCCUAUAGCUCAAUCAGACAUACUGGAAAUGUAUACUGUGAUGGUUUUCUCAAGUGAAAACUGGUGAGGUUGCCCUCAGAUGAAUGUUAUAGACUCUUGACUUUCCUUUAUUUUAUUUUUUUUACUUCAUGGCCAGUAAUAACAACUGUUAAAACAAAGCAGUAGAAUGAAAGGGUAGAUAAAAUGAAUUUCAACUCAAGCUUUUGUAUUACUUUUCAACGCCAUUAGAUAUUGCUUCAAGAAGUAAUAAUUGGGAUACUCUUCAUUGGUACAACUUGCUCUACUUUGUCAGUUUGUACAAUACAACUGUCUGUAUUCAAAGUCUGUCAUGUCCUUUUUUUCAACUCGUAACCGUUUGAAAACUACAUCUUACUUUUUAGAAAUAUAAAUAAACUAAUAGAUAAAUUUGUACUACAUGUUUGAGCCCAUAUAAAAUGUUUUGAAGUCACAUUUAUUUAUUUUUACCAUAUAGAUUUUUCAAAAAUAUUUACUAGGUACAUUUUCAUUGAACAAGUGUGGACGUGACUGCAUGGAAAUAAACAAUGCGACUGUCCCCAACAA